AUGGAACAGCACCACUACAUCUGCCAGUCUGAUCCAAGUCCCUGUGAGCGAAACAUCUGCUACAACAACGGCGUCUGUUCGACCUGCUUUAACGACUCCUACAGCGCCUGUUCCUGUCUGCCUGGAUACGCGGGGGACAAAUGCGAAAUCGAUGUCGAUGAAUGUACAGAUGGCUCAAACAACUGCAACCUGCAUGCCACCUGUACUAACUCAGACGGUGGGUUCACCUGUAAGUGUAACCACGGGUACAACGGAGACGGAGUCACCUGCACACUUAUCCCCAGGAGAGUGGGUUUCUGGCCGUUGGAUGCAGAGCAUCUCUCCAACGACACCAGCGGAGGAGGGAACCACGGCCGGCCUGUAGGGACAACUCUGACGGAAGGACCUCACGGUGUACGGGAGUCCGCCUUCUUCUUCGCCGGAAACACUCAGUCCUACAUAGACAUCCCCAACAAUGGAGAACUGGAUGUGAAAAGAUCCUUCACCAUUCUGCUGUACGCCUACCACAUCGGGGGUCAUUCAAUCCUGGACUAUAGAAUGCAUGGCAGCCCAGGGACACUUUUCUGGCUCUUCCCUGACAAACAACUUUAUGUGGAUAUCCAGGCACCGAACCCCCACACGUAUUACUCACCAAUGUCGAUGCCUCAAGGGCAGUGGAUGUUUCUCGGGGUUACCUACGACUACGCCUCAGGUAUCCAGGCACCGAACCCCCACUCGUAUUACUCACCAAUGUCGAUGCCUCAGCAACAAUGGAUGUUUCUCGGGGUUACUUACGACUACGCGUCGGGACAUGUCCAGCUGUGGAAGGAUGGUGCCAGUGUCGGCAGCAGGAACUUUGGUCAGUUGGGCCACAGCACAGCGAACCCCAUCAGGCUUGGCUGCAGCGCUGCUCACCCACUCCCCUUCCAUGGGGGAAUGUCGUGUGUUCAGAUAUACAACUAUGCGUUGAGCCAGCAAGAGGUCCAGGACGCUCAGAAUGCAUGCACAGAAAGCGGUAUCGACGAAUGCGCCCCCAAUCCUUGCCAGAACGGCGGAACCUGCAUCAACGGGUUGAACUCCUACCACUGCCACUGCACUGUAGGGUACGGAGGAGAACUGUGCCUGACAGACCUGGACCUGUGUGCCCAGGUCGCCUGUCCGUUCAACUGGCAGUGUCAGGACGAAGGCAACCACUUCAUCUGCCUCGCCAAAAACACCAGGCUGGCAGAGCCCUACUCGUGCAGCAGCGCCUCCUGUCCGGACGGCAUGUACUGCAGGGAGGAGGGGCCGACAUCUUUCUCGUGCAGAGCCGGGUGACGUCAUGACGAGUCUAACCUGCAACAAGACGGACCGGAAACGGAACACGGACAUAACACGCUGACAAAAACACAAAUUCAGCUUAAACAAAGCAAGUCUUCUUUUGAUAGUAAUACUCAACCUUUUGCUUGAAAUGCGCAUAUUAGUGGCUUUAGAUGAGACAGCAUCUAUGUCUUGUAACAAAGAGUGUGUGUUUACGUGUUACUCUGCUUUCCAGCAUGCUUUUUGGAUUGAGAUUCCAACGAAAAGUACAGAUAUUAAACAAUGAUAUGAU